GUAAGCAUAGACCUCUACACAGUCUGUGUGUGUGUGUGUGUGUGUGUGUGUGUGUGUGUGUGUGUAGGCCAGCCUGGAGUCUCUCAGCCUCACCUGCCAGACAACACCCACUCCCUGCGUACCCUGCCUGCUAUAUUCUCCUGAAAUCUCAAGCUCCAUCUUGGCCAGCCCAGACAAUGCCUCCCAACCUCACCGGCUACUACUGCUUUGUCUCACAGAAGAACAUGGAGGACUACCUGCAAGCCCUAAACAUCAACAUGGCUCUGCGGAAGAUAGUGCUGCUGCUCAAGCCAGACAAGGAGAUUGACCAUCAGGGCAACCAUAUGAUAGUGAAGACCCUCAGCACUUUCCGCAACUACAUUCUGGAAUUCGAGGUGGGAGUUGAGUUUGAGGAAGAUCUAAGGAUCGUGGAUGGACGAAAAUGCCAGACCAUAGUAACCUGGGAGGAGGAGCAGCUGGUAUGUGUGCAGAAAGGGGAGGUCCCUAACCGAGGCUGGAGACACUGGCUGGAGGGAGAGAAAUUGUAUCUGGAACUGACUGCAAGGGAUGCCGUGUGCGAGCAAGUCUUCAGGAAAGUCAAAUAGCCAGAGAGGAGCUGAUGGCCCCUCCAGACUGCACCAGUCCCCAGACUCCUCUUGCUUGUACUCCUUCCAGCCCAGAUUGUCUCAGGUCAACAGUCCCUUUCUCCAGCCACUUACUCUUCCUCCCGGUCCCUCCUCACCUCUCCCCAUGCUAAUCGAUAACUUUAGUUCCCAGGCCAAAGUCCUUUUUUUCUCAUACUCCACUGUCUAAUAGCUGCUUCGUAUCCAAUUCCUGGUCUGGCCUCCUAGAUGAAAGAAACAGGUAAAGGGGAAAGACCCCUUGAGAACAAUGGA